AUGCAGGUGAAGGUGGUGAUGAGGGAAGCAGACCGAGUGGGCCUAGACGGCAAGCCGCCGUCCAAGGGAGCGGCGUUCAUAGAGUUCAGUGAGCAUCAGCACGCGGUGACGGCUCUGAGGGCGCUCAACAACCACCCCACUAUCUUCUCUCAUGACGCACGGCCCAUAGUGGAAUUUGCCAUCGAGAAUGUAUCCAUAGUGAAUCAGAGGCAGCACACGUCCAUUUCCCCACCCCUUUAUCCGUUUCCCUCCCUCACUUCUGGCUCUCCAUCGAAGAAGAAGCAGAAGCAGGUGAAGGGAGGGAAAGGGCAAGGUCAGCAAGAGAGACUCUGGAAGGGACCUGCGAAGGAUGUGAAGGGGCAUGCGGGUGCACAGGUGCAAGCAGGCGCUGCAGCAGGGCAGCAGAAUGUUGGUGUGAAGGCACCGGGUGGAGCAGAACGGGGAGGGGCGAGCGGGAGUAGGAAGGGCGAGUUAAAGAGGAAGCAGAAGGGUGCAGCAAGGGGCGCUGGUGUGUCUCCUGCUGCUGCAGUGAAACCUAUUGCUGCCUCUCCUGCGGCUGAUUUGAAAGCUGCUCUUGCUGCCGUAAGUCCUGGUGCUUAA